AUGGCAGCUUCAUCCACUCCCGUCGUUCCCGAAACCAUUCAUCAGCAAACCAUGCUCAACGAAAACGGCCGACCUCCGGGUUCUGAUCUAGACUCAACAACCGCCAGCAAAGGCCCAACACAAACCCAACGGCCUCUCGACCCUCGCACCUCCGUCAACGACUACAACCGUGUCAUGCUGCAGUACACCCAACGCCGGAUGUCUACUUUCUGUGACAUGGAUGAUGGUCGCGGUUCCCCCGGCGGCAGCAGCAACACGAGCAACACCAGCAGCCGUAGCAGUGACGCAAGUCGCUCGCUCAGUGGGGACACAGCCGUUUCAAAUUCGCAGAGUGAGGCCGUGGAUCGUCUGCAGUUCUAG